AACAACCUUUCUCAGAAAAAAUAAAAAACAAGCUUAAACAAGAAGGGAGUAAUACCUUAGUUUUGUCGUUUGGGUGUGGUCUCAAGGAGGAAGAAAGCAGUGUAGCUUGUGAAACGAUGAGAACUCCAUCUCCUUCAUCUUCAUCAUAAACCUACCUUGUUAGCUUCUUCUUCUUCUUCUUCGGAUUUCAUACAGAGAGAUGUUGCAGUGCAUAUUUCUUCUCUCCGAUUCCGGAGAGGUAAUGCUAGAGAAACAGCUCACUGGCCACCGCGUAGAUCGCUCCAUAUGUGCCUGGUUCUGGGAUCACGCUAUUUCUCAACCUGAUUCCUUCAAGCAACAACCAGUGAUUGCUUCUCCAACUCAUUAUCUUUUCCAAGUUUUUCGUGAUGGAAUCACUUUUUUGGCUUGCACUCAAGUUGAAAUGCCACCAUUGAUGGCCAUUGAGUUCCUUUGUAGGGUAGCUGAUGUCCUCAAAGAUUAUCUUGGUGGAUUGAAUGAAGACGUAAUCAAAGAUAACUUUGUCAUUGUAUAUGAGCUGCUGGAUGAGAUGAUAGACAAUGGCUUCCCGCUAACUACGGAACUUAAUGUCCUGCAAGAGAUGAUAGCUCCGCCAAAUAUCGUUAGCAAAGUCUUGAGUGUUGUGACUGGCAGAAGCUCCAAUGUGAGUGACACGCUUCCGGGUGCCACUGCAUCUGUUGUUCCCUGGAGAACAGCAGACCCGAAGUAUGCUAGCAAUGAAGUUUAUGUAGAUCUUGUUGAAGAAAUGGACGCAACAAUAAAUAGGGAUGGAGUUCUGGUGAAAUGUGAGAUCAGCGGUGAGGUUCAAGUAAAUUCCCAGAUCACAGGUCUUCCUGAUUUGACCCUUUCAUUUGCAAAUCCUUCAGUCCUAGAUGAUGUGAGAUUCCAUCCCUGUGUUAGAUUUCGGCCUUGGGAAUCCAAUCAAAUUCUUUCCUUUGUGCCUCCUGAUGGACAAUUUAAGCUUAUGAGUUACAGAGUUAGAAAAUUGAAGAGCACCCCAAUAUAUGUAAAGCCACAGUUGACUUCAGAUGGUGGGACAUGCCGUCUUAGUGUAUUGGUUGGCAUAAGAAAUGAUCCUGGAAAGACAAUAGAUUCAGUUAUUGUUCAGUUUCAGCUUCCCUCUUGCAUCUUAUCAGCUGAUCUGACUUCGAAUCAUGGAACAGUAAACAUCCUUGCUAACAAGACAUGCAUUUGGACCAUUGGUCGGAUCCCUAAGGACAAAGCCCCAUCAAUGUCUGGCACAUUGGUACUUGAGACUGGAUUGGAGCGCCUUCAUGUCUUUCCCACAUUUCAAGUGGAUUUUAGGAUUACGGGUGUCGCCCUUUCUGGUCUGCAAAUAGAUAAACUGGAUCUGCAGACUGUACCCUACCGUUUCUACAAAGGUUUUCGAGCUCUUACUCGGGCAGGCCAAUUUGAAGUCAGGUCAUAAUUUUGUUUUUGCCAUUAACUCUUCUGAGACUUGUCAUGAUCCUGGACAUGAAAUUUCGUUGUGUGUACAUGUCUGGUUUCAUUUGCAAAGUAAGUUGGUAUUUUUUUUUUCUGGUUUCAAAUUAUGUCCAUAGUGAACCAUAUCCUGGUUAUCUGAAUUAUCCUGGUUUUGUGAGAGUCAAACCCUUGUCUUUUGUGUCUUUUUUCCUUUCAAAAAUUGGUAUCAGUGAGAAUGAAUGAUUUAGAUGGAUAGGUGAUCUCCACUACUUCAUCUUAUCUGUAUGCAGCCUAAAUUUUAGAUGUGAAACACUACCAUUUCAGUAUCAAUUGAUUUAUGGAGCAAGGAA